UUUUUUUUGGAAGACGUUUUGAAUGAAACUCCUUUGAAGAAACAAAACUUGGCAUCUUCUAGAAACAGCUUAAAGAAAAGAAUCGAAUCGCGACAGGCUUUCAAGUAGUGUAUACUUGGUUUACAUCAUCGCUCUACACUACAGGUCCACCACAUCGUACAUCGACCCACAGGUACUGGGUACAGUGCAUCUCCCUGUAGCCACUGAACCAUUGAAAUUUUCAGUACAGUGCAGCCCAUCGAGCGGGAUCCCCCAUUCGCCGUCCCUCCACCUAAAAAAAAAAUUGGCCCAGCGCCAGCGGACCAGGCCAGGCCAUAAACAAUUGGAACCGCCGCCCAACCAAACCAACCUAGGUCACCUUAGCCAUUCAUACCCUACCAGCCUUUACUCUUCCCCUCCAUACCUACCUUGCCUUACUCUUUCUAUCUUAUCCAUUCUCACGAUCCUCCCUCUAUCUUCCGCCUUUUCGCGAUCGCUUUCCUUCUUCUUCUCUUUUGAGCUUUCCCGCGCAUCGCUCAACUUUAUAUCCCCCUUCUUCUUUCUACCUUAAUAUCGUGUCUCGGGGCAAAUCCCACCCGUCGAAAUCAUGAGUGUCGUUGGUAUCGAUUUCGGAACCCUCAAGACUGUCAUCGCCGUUGCUCGAAACCGCGGUGUCGAUGUUGUCACCAAUGAAGUCUCAAACCGAGCAACUCCUUCCCUGGUAGGAUUCGGACCAAAGUCUCGUUACCUCGGAGAGGCCGCCAAGACCCAGGAAAUCUCCAACCUCAAGAACACUGUCAGCUCUCUCAAGCGUCUUGCUGGUCGACAAUUCAACGACCCCGAUAUUCAGAUUGAGCAGCAAUAUGUGACCGCUCCUCUGGCCGAUUGUAAUGGCCAGGUCGGUGCUGAAGUCAACUAUCUGGGCAAGAAGGAGAAGUUCACUGCCACUCAGCUGGUUGCCAUGUACUUGAGCAAGAUUAAGCAGACCGCUGGAGCUGAACUCAAGCUGCCUGUUCAAGACGUCUGCCUGAGUGUGCCACCUUGGUUCACUGAUGUUCAGCGCCGUGCUCUUAUCGACGCUGCCGAGAUCGCUGGCCUCCGUGUUCUCCGUCUCAUCAACGACGGCACAGCCGCCGCUCUUGGCUGGGGCAUUACAAAGCUCGACUUGCCUGCCCCUGAGGAGGCUCCCCGCCGUGUCUGCUUCGUCGAUAUCGGCCACAGCAGCUACACUGUCUCCAUUGUCGAGUUCAAGAAAGGUGAGCUCGCUGUCAAGGCCACCACCUGGGACAAGGACUUCGGUGGUCGUGACUUCGAUCGCGCUCUCGUCGACCACCUCGCCAAGGAGUUCAAGGGCAAAUACAAGGUCGACAUCAUGACCCACGGCCGUGCCCUUGCCCGUACUAUCGCCGCCGCUGAGAAGACAAAGAAGAUUCUAUCUGCCAACCAACAAGCUCCUGUCAACAUUGAGUCUCUCAUGAACGACAUUGAUGCCUCUGCCAUGAUCACUCGCCAGGAGUUCGAGGCCAUGAUCGAGCCCCUCCUUGCCCGAACCCACCUUCCCCUCGAGGAGGCCCUUGCCCAGGCUAAACUUACCAAGGACGAUAUCGAUGUUAUUGAGGUCGUUGGUGGUGGUUCUCGUGUCCCUGCUCUCAAGGAGCGCAUCCAGGAGUUCUUUGGAAAGCCCCUAUCCUUUACCCUUAACGCCGACGAGGCUCUUGCUCGUGGCUCUGCCUUCAGCUGUGCCAUUCUCUCCCCUGUCUUCCGUGUCCGAGACUUCUCAGUCCAGGACAUCAUCAGCUACCCCAUUGAGUUUGCCUGGGAGAAGGCUCCCGAUAUUCCUGAUGAGGACACCAGUCUGACUGUCUUCAACAAGGGCAACGUCAUGCCCUCGACCAAGAUCCUUACUUUCUACCGAAAACAGCCCUUUGAUCUCGAGGCCCGAUAUGCCCAGCCCGAGCUACUCCCCGGCAAGACUAACCCCUGGAUCGGCCGUUUCUCUGUCAAGAACGUCAAGGCCGAUGGUAAGGAUGACUUUAUGAUUUGCAAACUCAAGGCCCGUGUCAACAUCCACGGUGUCCUGAACGUCGAGACUGGUUACUACGUCGAGGAGGAGGAGGUUGAGGAGGAGGUUAACGAGGAUCCCGAUGUGAGUUUGCCCGAGCCGUAUAUGGCGCCAAAUGAUUUCCCCCCUGCCCAAGGUCAAGACUCGGCCUCUUCAUCAUCCGCAUCCGUUGGAGAUGAUAGCCAGGAAUAUCCUGCAAAGCGCCCGCGACUCGACGAUGAAGAACCUGACUCGUCUCGUUCCGCUUUCGGUGUUCCAGAACAUUUAGAAGAAUCAAUUUAUGAAAGCCGAUCGCUAACAUCCGUUUCCCAAAAGGCCAUGGAGACCGAUAAGGAUGCCCCUAAGAAGACUCGCAAGGUGAAGAAGCAGGUCCGCAAGGGUGACCUGCCCAUCUCCACAGGUAGUGCCUCUCUUGACGACUCCACCAAGGCCAGCCUUCUUGAGAAGGAGGCUGCCAUGGUUAUGGAGGACAAGCUUGUCGCCGAUACCGAGGAGAAGAAGAACGAGCUCGAGGCUUACAUCUACGACCUUCGUGCCAAGCUCGACGAGCAGUACUCCGAGUUUGCCAGCGAAGAGGAGAAGCAGACCAUCAAGGCCAAGCUUGAAGCCACAGAGGAUUGGCUGUACGAGGAGGGUGAUGAUACCACAAAGGGUGUGUAUGUUGCCAAGAUCGACGAGAUCCGCGCCAUGGCUGGUCCCAUUGUUCAGCGCCAUUUUGAGAAAGUCGAGGCUGAACGACAAGCUGCUCUGGAGAAAGCCGAGGCCGAGCGGGCUGCCAAGAAGGCUGAGGAGGAUGCUCGCAAGGCUGCGGAGGCCGAGAAGGCCAACGCAGACCAGGAGAUGAAGGAUGCUGACGCUCCGCAACAGGAGACUGAGGCCUCUGCUGACCCCCAGUAAAUUAUGAAUAAAGGGAGGAAAUUUCGACGCUGCAGAUGCAUGCUCGGCCAGCUCUGCGUGCGUGAUGCUUGCAUGAUAUGCGAUAAGAUGAAUGACGCCUGAAAAGAUUACGGAUGUUGAAAAAAGUAAGGGCACCAGGUUUGGGAGAAGGAGAAAUAGAACAUGCGAUAUGGUUGCAAACGGCUUUGUUUGUUUUGUUGGGAGAUAGGGGCCCGGAUCAUUAUGACGGAUAUGUUACCCGAACGUUAGACCACUUUUACACUUUUAAGUUAGUAGUUAGGAUCCAUACACUCCAGUUUGGUUCAG